AUGGAGAAUUACCAAAAGUUGGAGAAGAUUGGAGAGGGUACCUAUGGUGUUGUUUACAAAGCCAAGGACCUUUCCCACUCAGGACGUAUCGUUGCUUUAAAAAAGAUUCGACUCGAGGCUGAAGAUGAAGGAGUUCCCAGUACCGCCAUUAGAGAAAUUUCUCUUCUCAAGGAGAUGAAUGAUCCAAAUAUUGUUCGACUCCUUAAUAUCGUUCACGCAGAUGGCCAUAAACUAUACCUCGUCUUCGAGUUCCUCGACCUUGAUCUCAAGAAGUAUAUGGAGGCUCUUCCGGUUGCCGAUGGUGGCAGGGGUAGAGCUCUGCCGGAAGGGUCCGGUCCAGAAUUGGGUAGAUUAGGUUUGGGUGAUGCUAUGGUUAAGAAAUUCAUGAGUCAAUUAUGCGAAGGUAUUCGAUAUUGUCACGCACACCGAGUUCUUCACCGAGAUCUGAAGCCACAGAAUUUGCUCAUUGAUCGAGAAGGUAAUCUUAAGCUUGCGGAUUUUGGUCUUGCUCGUGCUUUUGGUGUACCUCUUCGAACAUAUACCCACGAAGUCGUUACCUUAUGGUACCGUGCUCCUGAAAUUCUUCUUGGAGGUCGACAAUACUCUACGGGUGUGGAUAUGUGGUCUGUUGGGUGCAUUUUUGCAGAGAUGUGUACAAGAAAACCAUUGUUCCCUGGUGAUUCUGAAAUUGACGAAAUCUUUAAGAUCUUCAAGCUUUUAGGUACACCCAAUGAUCAAGAAUGGCCCGGUGUCAGCGACAAGACAUGUUUCCCCGAUUUCAAGCCAUCGUUUCCAAAAUGGCAACGCGACAUGAGCCAACCACUCUGCACGAAUCUUGAUGAUAAUGGAUUGGAUCUCCUCGAAUUGAUGCUUGUCUAUGACCCAGCUGGACGUAUUUCUGCCAAACAGGCAUGCGCACACCCAUAUUUUGAGGAAGGAAGCUCUGCAUAUUCCGGACGAGGCUUAGGAGCCACAUACAAACCCACAAAUGGAUACCACUGA